AUGCAGCUACCACUACUGAUUGUAGCUUCUCUGUGUGGGACUGCCUGGGCGGCCCCUGCCCCCGCGUUGGUCCCUCAUGCCGACGCCUUAGGUACUCUGCAGGUCCUACACUACAACAACCUCGGAUCCAAGAACAACGGAACGUCCGCAGUUCUUGUGCAUGACAGGCUCACCCACGAUGAAGCAUCCGCUCGAUGCGCAGCCAUCGGCGAACAGCUUUAUCCCCUAUCAGCCGCACCGUUGGCCAACCGGACGGAACUGGAUUACCAGUUCAGCUAUUUGGCAUUCUCCGAAAGUAUCCAGGGAUCGGACGACAUUUGGGUCUCUGCGAACUCCUCCGGUUGCUUGGCGUACUCGCCGGAGCAGAAGGACUUCAUUGCUGCGCCAUGCACGCGCAAGUUGACUGCCCUUUGCACCUCGCGCGUGCCGCCAACCACCGAUAAGAAUCGGGCCGCAGUCCCGUCGUCCAGAGUCUCCGUCGCCUCGCAUGACUACACUAUCACCGGCUUCCGCGAUGCGCGCUCGUUCCGCUUCCUCGGCAUCCCCUUCGCCAAUCCCCCGGUGAACGCUCUGCGACUGGCCCCGCCGCAGCCCUACACCGGCGUCAAGCAGAUCGAGGCGACGCAGGUGUCGGCCUCAUGCAUCCAGUCUACCUCGGCAUUCGGGACGCUGGGUAGUGAUAUUUCUGAAGACUGUCUCUAUCUGAACAUCUACACGCCCGUGCUCCCACGGACUGCCCGGAACACCACCGGCAAGCCCGUCGCCGUCUACUUCUACGGCGGCGCAUUUACUAAAGGCAGCGCGUCCAUGAUCGACUAUGACGGUGGUAACCUGGCCAGCCGCAACGACGUGAUCGUGGUGACGGUCAACUACCGUGUCGGGGUCCUGGGCUGGCUGGCAACGGGAAAUCUGACGACGGGCAACUACGGCACGCGCGACCAGAUCCAGGCCCUGCGCUGGGUGCAACAACACAUCGCAGCCUUUGGUGGCGACCCGUCCCGCGUCACCAUCUUCGGACAGUCUGCCGGCGGCCAAAGCGUCGUAGCGCUGCUCUCCUCCCCAGCCGCGGCGCCCCUCUUCUCCGCCGCCAUCGCGCAAUCCGCCCCGGUCGACCUACCCUGGUUCACGCGCGACGUCUACACGGACUUCGUGGUGCCUCAUCUCGCCCCGGCCCUGGGCUGCCCGCACCACACCUCCCCAGAAGCCAGUCUGGUCGCCUGUCUGCGCUCGCUCCCGGCCAGCGCAUUCCUCGAUAACUCGACAGCGUUCGAAUCCGGCAUCGCCAACGCCUCCAACGCUACUGCAUUCGGAUAUCUGAACGCCUCGCCCAUGCUCGCAUCCAUUGAGCCUCUUCUUCCGAUUCUCGACCCGGAAGCCGGCAUCAUCGCCGACCAAUUCCACAACCUCCUGGCCGCUCCCAACUCGUCGGUUAACAGAGUGCCCACUCUCUUCACCACCGUCGCCGAUGAAGCAGGCCUCUACGUCCCGGAAUACGCCUCAUCGAUGAAGACUUCCCCGGCAGCUCUCUCCACCUUGCUGAACCUCGCAUACCCCCCGGACCUAGCGGAUGCACUUCUCAACGCCACCGCCCCGCAAAUCCAAGGCCGCAAUACCUCCCUCCUCCCGGUCAUCUCCUCCUUCCUCACAGCUAGCGAAUGGACCUGUCCUCUUUCCUCCCUGCUGAACCUCACCCACCAUCAAACCAAAGCGCCAAUCUACAACAUCCAAUUCCCCAAAGGCCACAUGCAAACAACCCUCGAUACGCCUCCCACCUGCUCCCCCUUGGCAAACAACACCUUCAACGCCACCUGCCAUGCCGCAGAUGUGCUGCCUAUCUGGGGCAAUUUGAACAGUAAGACAAAGAACGUAGCUCCGUACUACGGAGCCAGUGAUGUGCAUCUGGCGCAAGUCAUGGAGGAUGUUUUCGGGGCGUUUUUCCGGACAAGGGAUCCGAACCCUGACAAGAAGUGGUUGGACACGAGAGGUGUUGCGUAUGAGUUUUCGAAGGGAGUGUUUUAUGGCGACAAAGAGGAUGAUGGGGAUCGGAUUCGUCCGGUAGGAAAGGGGAGUAAGUCAAGAGGAGUGAGCUCGUUAGGCUUGACGUUGGAGAAGGUGCAGGAUCCUGGGGACACGGCGGUGUGUCGUGUGUUUGAGGAGUUUGGACAUACGUUUGAGAGGGCGGGGAUGGCUUAG